AUGGUGAUCGAGGAGCUUAAAAAUUCAAUUCGCAACGACAUACUGGAGGAAUUAAAGGUAGAAAUUCGGACCAACUUCAAAACGUUGAUAGACGCUGUACCAAAAACGCCGAUUCCUGGACCGCGACAAUUUUCCUUUAAUUCUGCUAAAAGAAAGAGAGACAACGACGAUACAGGCUCCAAUCCUUCUAAGCUGCUACGUGGUACUGAUGCCGCCGGUUCAUUGACACCAUCCAUCGCUGUGAAUCGUGAAGAUAAAAAGUUUUGGUUGUACCUGUCAGGAAUUUCGCCCGAUGUCCCUGAUGAAAGCGUCACCAAGCUAGCUGCGGAUAAACUCGGAAAUUCGAACAUCACUGUCGUCAAGUUGGUCUCUCGUGGCAGAGAUCCUAGAACGCUGAAUUUUGUCUCCUACAAAGUUGGCAUGCCCACGGAUCUCAAAGAAAAGGCUAUGACGGCGUCUACAUGGUCAGUUGCCAUUGCUUAUCGUGAGUUUGAAGAGAAGUCGGAUUCCAGAAAGGUUUUUUGGAAACCGAACGCGCCCGACUCAGCAACAAUGACUGCUUCCACUGCUCUUCGCCCUCCUCCCAAACGAAGUUACCGCACAUUCCGAGCAGUUUCUUUCCGUUUACUACCAGAACGUGCGAGGAAUGAGAACGAAAACACAAGAAUUCCAUCUAGCGCUUCUAGUGACUACGACGUCAUUGUCCUUACGGAAACCUGGCUGCGCGAAGACAUAUUAAACGCUGAGCUCUCGUCAAACUACGUAAUAUAUCGCUGCGACCGCAACUCAACAACCAGUCAGCUGCCUCGAGGCGGUGGCGUCCUAAUAGCGGUAAAGAACAACCUCGUAGGCUCGCAGCUAAGCUUAUCUGGAAUUGAACGCCUGGAGCAAAUCGCCGUGCGUAUCGCCCUCCCGAAUCAAUCUGUAUAUAUUAGCUGUGUUUAUCUCAGGCCAAAUAGUGAUCCGGAUUUGUAUCACGCGCACGCUAAUGUGGUUGAAGAGUUCGUGUACUUGGGCUCACUGGUGACCGCCGACAAUGAUACCAGCAGAGAGAUUCGUAGACGCAUCGUGGCGGGAAAUCGUGCUUACUUUGGCCUCCGCAAGACACUUCGGUCGAACAGAGUUCGCCGUCGUACGAAGUUGACCAUCUACAAGACGCUGAUUAGACCGGUAGUUCUCUACGGGCACGAGACCUGGACCAUGCUCGUGGAGGACCAACGCGCACUUGGUGUCUUCGAACGGAAAGUGCUGCGUACCAUCUACGGUGGAGUGCAGAUGGAAGACGGCGAAUGAACCAUGAGUUGCAUCAGCUGCUGGGGGAGCCGCCCAUCUGUCAUACCGCGAAAAUCGGACGACUACGGUGGGCCGGGCACGUAGCCAGAAUGUCGGACAAUAGCCCGGUGAAAACGGUUCUCAAUUGCAAUCCGACCGGUACAAGAAGACGUGGCGCACGGCGAGCACGAUGGAUCGACCAGGUGGAAGACGAUUUGCGGACCCUUCGCAGACUGCGUUGCUGGCGACGCGCGGCCAUGGGCCGAGUGGAAUGGAGGAAUCUUUUGUAUACGGCACAGGCCACUUCGGCCUUAAUCUGUUAAUAAAUAAAUAAAAAAAGAGUAGCGUGGCGUUCCUGUUUCUUCGACGGAUAUGACCGACAGAGAGUCAGGCAGAAUGAUGGUCGGAAUUCCUUCUGGUUUCUUUGCAAGACUGAUGACAGCAGCUUCUACCAAGGAAACAAAUCAGCUUGUAGGGAGGCGGAAGGCUAGCCCAGCUGCUGUUUCGCAGACCUCCAC